AUCGUGAUCAACAGAGCCCUCGAGUACUUUGGUCACAGUAACCCGCUACAAGACGCAAGCUGCUGCAGUGAAGGCAGCCUGACCGGCGGGGCGGCAAGGCGCGGCGUUCCAUUCUCCAAUCAGAGGCCGUAGAUUUCGAGGGCUUGACCCGCUUCCUGCUCAAAAUUUUUGUGGUCUGUGGUGGGACCCACUUAAAUUCUGCCUCUGCUCUCUUUACCCCACCAACCUGCCUCGCCCCUCCUCCUCUUGCCCUUAAAAACUUCAACCCCUCCAGAAAUUCUUGACUUCCUCUCCCUCUUACUUCCUCCGUCGGCAUACCUGAUUCGAGCAAUCUUACUGCCACUUCACGUAUCCCUCAAACUUUUCGAUCUGUGAUCGCAAAACCGUCAAAAUGGGUCGACCUUUCAUCACCAUCGCAGGCAUCGUGACCUCGACCGCGACUCGGUCGAACAGCAUCACUGACUUCAUCAUCAGCAAGGAGGACAAGACUCACAUCAACGUCGUCGUUAUCGGCCACGUCGAUUCCGGCAAGUCGACCACCACUGGUCACUUGAUCUACAAGUGCGGUGGUAUUGACAAGCGUACCAUCGAGAAGUUCGAGAAGGAAGCUGCUGAGCUCGGCAAGGGCUCCUUCAAGUAUGCCUGGGUUCUUGACAAGUUGAAGGCCGAGCGUGAGCGUGGUAUCACCAUCGAUAUUGCCCUCUGGAAGUUCGAGACCCCCAAGUACUAUGUCACCGUCAUCGAUGCCCCCGGCCAUCGUGAUUUCAUCAAGAACAUGAUUACUGGUACUUCCCAGGCCGAUUGCGCCAUUCUCAUCAUUGCCGCCGGUACUGGUGAGUUCGAGGCUGGUAUCUCCAAGGAUGGCCAGACCCGUGAGCACGCUCUCCUCGCCUACACCCUCGGUGUGAAGCAGCUCAUCGUCGCCAUCAACAAGAUGGACACCACCAAGUGGUCCGAGGCCCGCUUCAACGAGAUCAUCAAGGAGACCUCCAACUUCAUCAAGAAGGUCGGCUACAACCCCAAGACUGUUGCCUUCGUCCCCAUCUCCGGUUUCAACGGCGACAACAUGCUUGAGGCUUCCACCAACUGCCCCUGGUACAAGGGCUGGGAGAAGGAGGUCAAGGGUGGCAAGGCCACCGGCAAGACCCUCCUUGAGGCCAUCGACUCCAUCGAGCCCCCCAAGCGUCCCACCGACAAGCCCCUCCGUCUUCCCCUCCAGGACGUCUACAAGAUCGGCGGUAUCGGCACAGUCCCUGUCGGCCGUAUCGAGACUGGUGUCCUCAAGCCCGGUAUGGUCGUUACCUUCGCUCCUUCCAACGUCACCACUGAAGUCAAGUCCGUCGAGAUGCACCACGAGCAGCUCGCUGAGGGUGUCCCCGGUGACAACGUUGGUUUCAACGUGAAGAACGUCUCCGUCAAGGAAAUCCGCCGUGGCAACGUUGCCGGUGACUCCAAGAACGACCCCCCCAUGGGCGCCGCCUCUUUCGAUGCCCAGGUCAUCGUCCUCAACCACCCCGGCCAGGUCGGUGCUGGUUACGCCCCCGUCCUCGAUUGCCACACUGCCCACAUCGCCUGCAAGUUCUCUGAGCUCCUGCAGAAGAUCGACCGCCGUACUGGUAAGGCCGUUGAGGAGAGCCCCAAGUUCAUCAAGUCUGGUGAUGCUGCCAUCGUCAAGAUGGUUCCCUCCAAGCCCAUGUGCGUUGAGGCUUUCACUGAGUACCCUCCCCUCGGUCGUUUCGCCGUCCGUGACAUGCGUCAGACCGUCGCUGUCGGUGUCAUCAAGAAGGUCGAGAAGGCCGCUGCUGGUUCCGGCAAGGUCACCAAGUCCGCUGCCAAGGCUGGCAAGAAAUAA